GAAUACAAAGGACGCGAAGUGGAGGACGUGUGAUAUAGCAAGCUAGAAGGGAUCUUGGUAUACUGGGUAACCGCUCCUUGUCACCCAAUCUGCUUAAGCACCAUUGAGCUUCAGAAUUAGUAUACAAAAGCGUCCAGUCCGGUCUCCUCGAGGCGGACCUUCAUUUCGCAGGAUGUCCGAAGAGGCGAUCUUGCGCGAGACACCUCACAUCCGUGUCAAUUCGGGCCAACAUGACCCAUUCGCCGACUCAGAUGAUCCCUACGUGUCAGUACCGCCCCAGCAGAUGGGGCGGUCGUUGACCCCCGGCAUGGUGCAGUCGGCCUCUGAAGCCACGUUCCCGACGACAUGGGGCUCACCCACUCCCCAGGAAUCAACCGAGCUUCUAAUACCCCCGCGGCCCUACCGCGUCAGAGAGGAACAGCGAUCUCCGGAACUGUCGAUUCGGUCUUCGCGACGGACGAGCUGGAGCUCAGAGGCGGUCAGCUAUGAUGCUAGAGCUUACCUGUACAGUCGUUUCGAAGAUUCCCGGGCGCCCUCGCGUGCAGAAAGUGAAGGGGAUGACGUGAACACUCAAACAGUGACGGAAAAGUACAACAUAAUGCCAACAGAAGGAUUAUUAUUGUUCCCGGAGGAUGUUGAGAAGGAUGACUAUAUGCAUAAUCCCGAUCCAAACGACAGGGAUAUUGUGUGCGAUGUAUGGAACAAGCGGGGUUUGGUCAAUCUGGGUGGGCUGCUCCUCAUGACGGUGGGAUUUGUAGUGUUAUUUGUUGCCUACCCAGUAAUAACUGCCCUGGGCGGGAUAUCAAGAAAAUACGUGCCGACAUGUGAUCCUGCCGAUACUCUGUGUCUUGACGUUGGGGAUCGAUCAGGUCUCACCAACUUGAGGACUGGAUUGAUAGACCCGGAUACGCCUGAAUCAGCAAUGACAAAGAAGACAGUGGAUGGGAAGGAAUGGCAGUUAGUGUUCUCUGACGAAUUCGAAACCCCUGGCCGAACAUUUUAUGAUGGGGAUGACGCCUAUUAUCAGGCCAUGGAUUUCUGGUACGGUGUGACGCAGGACCUGGAGUGGUAUGACCCGGAUGCUGUCACGACGAAAGAUGGAUCAUUGGAGAUCCGAUUCGAUGCGUUCACCAACCAUGAGCUUGGCUACCGUUCGGGAAUGGUACAAAGCUGGAAUAAGCUGUGCUUCUCUGGUGGACGCUUGGAAGCCAGUAUCUCCCUGCCCGGAGCUGGAGAUGUAUCUGGAUUUUGGCCCGGGUUCUGGGCGAUGGGCAACCUAGGCCGCCCGGGCUAUGCUGCGACCACGGAUGGCACGUGGCCAUACAGCUACUACGACGGAUGCGAUGCAGGCAUUACGCCGAAUCAAAGUUCUCCAGAUGGUAUUAAUUUUCUUCCAGGCAUGCGUCUACCGGCGUGCACUUGUGACGGUGCCGAUCAUCCCACCCCGGGCAAAUCCCGUGGCGCCCCGGAAAUCGAUGUGAUCGAGGCCAGUGUAGGCCCUCUGAACAACAACCCAAACGCUUUCAUUGGGACCGCGUCCCAGAGUUUGCAAAUGGCGCCAUUUGACAUCUGGUACAUGCCUGACUACGAUUAUACUGCGGUGUACGACCCUCGUAUCACCGAGAUAAAUUCCUACCGGGGCGGACCGUACCAGCAGGCUAUGUCUGGCCUGACCAACCUCAACAACCGCUGGUAUAAUGGGACCGAGUACCAAGUAUAUGCGUUCGAGUAUACCCCGGGUGCGGUAGGGAACGUGACCUGGUUCGUGGGCCAGGAUAAGACCUGGACCCUAGACGGGCGAGCUAUUGGUCCCAAUGGCAACGUUGGACAGCGGAUGAUUCCCAUGGAGCCGAUGUCGAUAGUUAUGAACCUGGGUAUGGCAUGGAGUUUCGCUCCGAUCAAUGAGACCAUCCGCGACAUAAUGCCUGGAUUUAUGAGAUUCGAUUAUAUCCGCAUAUACCAGGAUCCCGACAACAUCAGUAUCACCUGCGACCCGCCAGGCUAUGAGACAACCGAGUAUAUUGCCAGUCAUGCAGAGGCUUACACAAACAACAACAUAACAACAUGGUAUGUGUAUCCAUUCCCUGGACAUUGUAGCGUGGAGUUUCUGAUGCAUAGCAGGGGUGAUGCCGGAUACGACUGGCCCACGAAUUCAUUAAUGAACGGGUGCUGAUUCUUUCGACGGGACGCGGGGUUCGAUCUUCGAGAGUUACCUAGCAUUUCUGGGAAUACCAGAUCAGUUUCAGCCGGUCUCUCUUGAUACAAACACCGCACGGCUUACUGGCAUGCUCAUGGU